AUGUCUCUAGGCGGAAAGCAUGACUGUGAAUACGAGUCAGAUCCUCGACAAAACAAAGACCUCGCCAAUUCGCUCAUUGGCAAGAAUGUCAUCAUUGCCGGCGCCGGGCGCGGUAUUGGCCGCGCCACGGCCGAGUUCUUCGCACGCACGGCUGCCUCAUCCGUAAGCCUUAUCGCCCUCGAACUUCCUGAGGUGGAGGAAACAGCCCGCGUUUGCAAAGUCAUCAACCCAACCCUCAUAGUACGAACAGCCGCGUUCAAUGUUACCGACUUUGCCGCCGUGCAAGCAUUCGUGGACGGGACGGCUGAUGAUCUUGGAGGGAUCGACGUUGUUUUCAUGAACGCGGGCCGCCCCCCGCAGUUUCUACCAAUUCACGAGUCUGAACCGAAUAUCUGGUGGGACACAGUGGCUGUCUCUCUCCAGGGCUCAUUUAACUUUGCUCGGGCGGUGGUGCCGCUUAUGCGACAAUCGGCAAAAGGAGGCACAUUGAUCUUCACAUCCAGUGCUGCCGCGCACGUCACCGCCGGCAUGGGUGCGUACACGAUUGGAAAGCUAGGAACGAGUAGGCUCGCCGAGAUUCUGCACCACGAAAACAAGGAUGCCGGGAUCAAAACCUUCAGCAUCCACCCAGGCGUGGUCCGCACGAGGUUUUACACGGACUUUGCCGAGGCGGUGGAAGGAAACAUUAAGGACGACGGGAGUAGCUAUGUGUCUAGCAGAGUGCCAGGCGACGUGAAGUCAGCCAAGGCCGCAGUGAGUUUCCUCAAGGAUGUUCCCGCCGACACGCCGCAGAUGCCCGCGGGUAUGGUUUUGGUGCUGGCGAGUGGAAGGCUAGAUUUUAUGUCGGGACGUUAUGUAGAUUCUUCCAAGAAGGUGGAGGCGUAUCUUGCCGAUAGAGAGAGAAUUUUAAAGGAGGACGCUUACAGGGUCAAGAUAGUGAUUGGAACGGAUGAAUAUCUGCCAACUUGGAUGGAUUAG